AUGCACAGGCGCGCGGUUUUACGGUUCCCGCGCCGAGUCGAUUUAUAUUCGACUCCCAGUCGGUCCUUUCGUUCGUCCGCUAUCCGAUCCAAUUCUGCUGGCUCUGGCUCUGGCGAUGGAGAUGGAACUGCUUCGAGCUCAUCGGCUCCAGUUCCCAAGUUUGGGAAUCGAUGGGGCCCGAAAUUAGUAACUAAACCGACGGGGUUGAGUGCCGCUGAGCAGACGUUACGCGAUUCCCUUAAAGCUGCAAGUCAACCACCUCCCAAACCAGAACAACCAAAACACCGACCCCGAGAACGAAGGCCAUUUGAGAGGCAUCCGGGGGCUACAAGGAAUGGCCCCGGUGACCACUCACUCAGAUCCCACGAUAAGCCGACCUCAUUCCGACGAGAUCGUGUUCGCGAACGACAUGAGCGUGAGCAGAAUGGACAGCUCCCACGAAACCAAAGACAAUCGCAAGAAAGGAGAGACAACGAUUGGACGUGCAAGUCAUGCAAUGGCCAUGUCUUUGCUAAGCAUGUCGCUUGUCCAUUCUGCAGUGCACCUCGACCGGAUGUCGCUCGCCGGCGCGAGCCGCACACCUUUUGGAAAGAUAGAACACCCGCUGGCCGGAAGGGUUUGGGCAAAGACACUUCUCCGGAUGCAACGGCCAUGAAGUACCGGGGACUGAAGGAUGAAUUAGAGGAAUCGAACGCCGACGAAAAGGAACAACAACAACAACCGCUUGAUGCUGUAUCAGAGGCAGAGGCGAAGCUGGAAAGACAAAAAAGAAAGGAGGAGAGAUUGAAGGCAAAGGAGGAUCAGUGGAACUGGGAUAUGUCUGCCUUGGAGAAGCUGGAAGCCAAGGAAGCUCUGGAGCAAGCGGCUUCAUCCAAGAAGUCCGGACGCAAAGGUCAACGCCCGUCCCAGUCCGAGGGAGACGAUUUUGACCCAGAGGAGCAUGAACGACUUCGUGAGGAGCGCAAGCGGCUCAAGAAGGCCAAGGCAGACAAGAAGAAGGGGAGAUCUGCAAAGGUCGAAGCAGCUCCCACGCCCAUCUACCUUCCGGAGUUCAUCAGCGUCAGCAACCUGGCCGACGUCGUUGGUGUACGUCCCAACCUAUUCGUGCAGCGCAUGGAAGAAAUGGGCUUUGAAGAUGUCAUGUACAACCAUGUUUUGGACGCGGAGACUGCUGGCUUAGUAGCCGCAGAGUAUAACUUCGAGGCUCUCUUUGAUACAGAGAACCCCGACCUUCAGGCUGCACCGGUGCCAGAAGACCCCUCUUUGCUCCCAUCACGCCCUCCUGUUGUCACCAUUAUGGGCCAUGUCGAUCACGGAAAGACUACUAUUCUGGACUGGUUGCGCAAGUCAUCAGUCGCGGCCACUGAACACGGCGGUAUCACCCAGCACAUUGGUGCCUUCUCGGUGCCUAUGCCUUCGGGAAAAACGAUUACCUUCCUUGACACUCCUGGUCAUUCUGCGUUCUUGGAAAUGCGCCGCCGUGGUGCUGAUGUUACCGAUAUUGUCGUCCUCGUUGUGGCCGCCGAUGAUAGUGUCAAGCCGCAGACCAUCGAGGCUAUCAAGCACGCAACCCAGGCUAAUGUUCCAAUCAUUGUCGCAAUGAGCAAGAUUGACAAGGAGGGUCGUGACCCCGACCGAGUCAAGCAGGACCUUUCUGUUCACGGUGUUCACGUGGAAGACUACGGUGGAGAUGUUCAGGCCAUUGGAGUGAGUGGUAAGACUGGGGAAGGAAUGAUUGAACUGGAGGAGGCGAUCGGCGCCUUGUCCGAGAUGCUCGACCACCGUGCCGAUACUGCAGGCAACGCAGAGGGUUGGGUUCUCGAAGCGACCACCAAGAGCUACGGCCGUGUGGCAUCUGCUCUUAUCCGCCGUGGUACCCUGCGCACUGGUGAUGUUAUUGUUGCCGGUGAAACUUGGGCUCGUGUCCGUACGCUUCGCAAUGAAGCCGGCCUUUCCAUUGAAGAAGCUACCCCCGGCAUGCCUGUUGAGAUUGAUGGCUGGAGAGAUCAGCCAGCCGCUGGCACCGAGAUUCUCCAAGCCCCCACUGAACAAAGAGCCAAGGAGGUCGUGGAGUACCGCCAGGAUCGCUCCGACAACAAGAAGCUAGGCGAGGAUAUGGAAGCCAUUAACGUGGCCCGACGAGAAGCUAUGGAGAAACGCAGGCUUGAGGAUAUGGAUUCCGACGAGGCAGCUACUAAAGCGGCUGAGCCGACUGGCCCCAAGCCAGUGAACUUCAUCGUCAAGGCCGACGUCGAUGGUUCCGCCGAGGCAGUUCUGAACUCGAUUGCCGCCAUCGGAAACAAUGAGAUCUACGCCAACGUCAUCCGCUCUGGAGUCGGUCCAGUGGGAGAGUUCGAUAUCGAACACGCUGCCAGCGCCAAUGGUAUCGUGAUCUCCUUCAACAUGCCCAUCGACAAUAACAUGAUGCGUAUGGCUGAGAUGGAGGGCGUCCAAAUUAUGGACCACAACAUCAUCUAUAAGCUCAUCGACGACGUGAAGGCCAACCUCAGCGAGCAUCUUGAGCCAACAGUCACCCAGCGUGUGACUGGUGAAGCCGAGAUCGGACAGAUUUUCGAAAUUACCCUUAAGGGUCGCGAGAAGACCGCGAUCGCGGGAUGCCGUGUUCGUAACGGUAUGGUUCAGAAAUCGCGGAAGGUCCGAGUGACCCGUAAUGAUGAAACCAUCUUCGACGGUACCAUGAAUUCCCUCAAGAACGUCAAGAAGGAUGUCACCGAAAUGCGCAAAGAUACUGAGUGCGGUAUUGGAUUCGAGGGCUGGACUGACUUCGCGGUUGGCGAUCAUGUCCAAUGCUACGAAGAGAUCUUUGAGAAGCGGUAUCUCUAA